AUGGGAGCUAUUGCUAACUCCGAAAAGAGGAUUCUGGACCGCAUUGACUCAAAGACAAACACCUUGAACGAUAAGAUUGACACAUUGAGGGAAGAUAUGGUGAAGCAAGAAACCCGUCUGAAAGAUGUCGAGUCCGGCUUGAACGAGUAUUCUGAUCGCACGGUGGAAUUGGAAAGUGAUGUCGGCCAGCUAAAGCUAGAAGUGGCUAGGCUAACUAGCAAGCUGGAUGACCUCGAGGGCCGACAACGCCGCUGCAAUGCCCGCAUAGUGGGAGUGAAGGAGGGGUUUGAGAGCACCGGAAAACCUGCUGAUGUUAUUGCCACAAUGUUGAAAGAUGUUUUGAACUUGGGUUUCACCCCGUUACUAGACCGUGCCCACCGUUUGCGGGAAAUACGGCGCCCGGACGGAGACCCCCCCCCAGAGUAA